UUGCUAUUUGCAGUAAAAUGCAAACAAAAACUAUUGGAUGUGAUAAUUUUGUUUGAUACAAAUGUUCAAAGCAUCGAUGAUAUUAUUGUACAACAAAAACGAGUUGCUGAUAUCAUUCAGAGUUUACAUAAGAUUUCAACAAAUAACACGGCAUUAUACAGUAUCAUAGCAUUCCACAAACGUCCUUUUAUUUUAAGCUCGUUAGUGUCAACAUUUGCAACAAAACCAGAAAAGGUACUAAAAACAAUAAAAACGUUAAGAAUUCGUGUCAGAUCUGAUAGUUCACCAGCGAGUGCGCUUGAUUUAGCUGCAGCGCAAUUUACAGAUUAUGGUCGUCCUGAUUCCACCAAGCUUGUCAUCCUAGCUCAUAAUGGCAUAUCAUCUGAUUUAAUUCCAGAAACUCUGGAAGCUAAAAAUAGAUUGGAAAAUUUACGUGCAAUUAUUUUCGCAGUCACUUCAACAAAAGAACCGAAUAUGCCUGCACUCAUUGGUUACACGUCAAAUCGACAUCACGUGUAUGCCAACGCAUCUGAUCGUAAUCGUUUCCUUGUAGAAUUGGAAAAAGUCAUUGGUUCGUGUCGAUAUUUCCUUCAAGGUACUAAAAUAAACACGAUAAAUCAAGAAAACUCACUUGGAUUAAAAAUUGGACCGAAAAUGGCUGCAGAUUUAGAACAAAAUUUAAGUUCAGAAAGUGAAUGCAAAGCUAAUAAAGUUGAUAUUGUGAUUAUCUUGGAUUCAAGUGGCUCUGUAUAUAGUACGUUUGAUGAUGAACGCGAUUUAGCACGUAAUUUGAUACAAUUACUGAAACUAAAAUCAUUUGAAAAUGGUCAAAUUCAGGUAUUACACACGUUACUGAUAUCGAGUGACUUUAUUCUUUUCUUAUUAAUGUCAUUGGUGCGUUUUUCGUCUUCAGCAGAAAUUUUGAUUCCGUCUAAAUUAAAUCGAACACGUGAAGAAAUUAUAGAACUAUUGAAAAGCGUUAAGUUUACUGGUGGUGGCACACGAAUUGCAAAUGCCGUUGAAUUGGCAUUAGAAGAUUUAUCUCAAUGGCGAAGGAAUGAUGCAAUUCAAAUAAUUAUUUUGAUAUCUGAUGGAAAUGGACAAGAAUUCUGGCAUGUAGCGCAAUUAGCUGGCAAAAAGCUUCAGAAUUCAAAGGCUGAAAUUUUCGCUUUACCAACAAGUCGAGAUUACAACUUAGCUGAGCUAAGACUUUACACGGGAGAUGAAAAUCGAAUUUAUCGUGGAAGAGAGGAACAGUAUAAAUUUAUUUCUAAGAUUGCUUCGAAAAUAAAUGAUUGUAUUGAUACUGACAUUAUUCAAUUUCGUGGAACAAACAAUUCCACAUCCGAAUUAAGCGCAAUUCCUGAUCAUAGUUCUGCAUCUGAUUUUGAACCAGUAAUUAAAACAGUCAAUUCAACAGAUCAACUCAGAAAGGAAGAAGAAAACGAUAAUACUUUGGAGAUAAGUAAGAUUGAUGGAAAAAAAUAUGAGAUCAACAGUAUGUCUUCACAUGAAUUUUUAAAUGACUCAGUGGAUAUUCUUCUUGUUAUCGACCGCUCACCAGGAUCGCCUUCUGAUUUGAAAAAUCAAGUACAAUUAAUGACUGAUUUGAUCAGUCAAAUAAGUGAGGAUAGUUUUAAAAAUGACCAAUACCGAGUGGCUAUUCUUACUUUCAGUACGACAGCUCGUGUAGACCUAAAAUGGAACAAAGUUACAAACAAAACGCAGCUUCUACAAAGUCUCUCUUCCAUUGACAAUUAUUAUUACACUUCUGGUGGUGAAUCUUCUCUUGUAGCUGCAAUCACACUUGCGCAUCAGUAUGUGAUAGAAUCUCGACGUCCAGAUGCCCAACUGCUAAUUAUUGUAGCCACAAAUGGUAGUGGUAAAGAUGUUGAGCAAAUUUUGUCUCAAGUUGUCAGAAAAUUACACAAAUUACCAAAAACGGUUAUUUAUGCUGUAAGUGCGAGUAACAAUUAUUUAUUCUCUCAACUGGAGGCAAUUACAAAUGAAAAAUGGAGGGUUUACGUGAAUGGACGAGUACGUCAAUUCAUUAAAGAUAUUGGAGAAGUCGACAUUAUUCUUUUAAUUGAUAAGUCGACAUCAGAAAAUGAAGGCUUUGAAGUUUCAAAGAGCUUGCUAGAAGAUUUGCUACAGAAGAUACCUGAUAAAGAUUAUGGAUCAAAAGUACGAGUAUCUUUGAUAACUUUUACUGACCACGCAGAAGUUGAAAUCGAACUCACAAAUUCUACCACAAAAGACGAUUUACUUCAUGCAUUGAGCAGUGUAAAAAAUGAACACAGCAAUGCAUCAGUGUCUACUGCAAUAAAUGCUGCUUUGUCCCAAAUAAAACUCUCUAGCGGAAGUCCUCGAAGACGACGUAUUUUUGUGAUUCUCACGGAUGGUAGUUCUAAAGAUUCCAUAGAAACUGCUGCUAUUACUGCUGCUGAACUUGAAACAGAAAAUAUAGACGUGUACAUCAUACCAAUUACACCCAAUUAUUGGAAGGACGAACUUUUAUUGUAUGUCGAUGAUCAGAACAAAAUUUUGAGUGCUGCCAUUGAACCUCAAAAGAGUAUCGGUAAUUUGUUGUCAACAGAAGGCAAAAGAAGUAAAAAAGACGAAGUGAGGAAUACUGAUGAACUUUUUGCUGAAAAAGUUCCCGUCAAACCAGGCCAAAUUGAUGCAGAAGUACACGCUGAUGUUGGAGUAAACAGGGCUGUACAGAAUGAAGUAGACUACAAAUUCUUCAAUAUAGACGCUUCUCCUUCCAAGAUUUCAGCUAAGAUAAAGAGAAUUCCACUUUCUGCAUUCGACAAUCGUAUUCGAGUUGCUUCCAUCUCAUUUACUAAUAAAGCUAAAAUUGAUUUCGGUUUCGAUCAGUUCAAAACUCAGAAAGAGAUAUUAGAAGCUUUACAAUCACUUACGAACGUGGGCGGAAGUACGUCAUUAGUAAGUGCUGUUCAUUUGGCUGUGAAAGAAAUAGAAGAAACAAGCAGAAAAGAUGCUAGGAAAAUGAUAGUGCUGUUAUCAGAUGGUAAUAGCCAAGAUCACUGGAACGAUCUUCUGAAAGCUUCAAGCUAUCUCCGAUCCACUGAUGUAACUGUUUAUGCACUUGCUGCUGGUCGAGAUUAUUACUUUAGGGAAUUAGAAUUGUACGCAGGAAACAAGUGGUUGGUCUACGUGGACGAUCGCGUGAAUCGCUUUUUAGGAGAUGUUGAAUCGUUUGUUCUUGAAUGUCAAACUCCUUCUGCUCCAGUGGAAUCAUUUUCCAUACAAAAUGCUGAAUUGUUUUCGAUAAGAGAAGAAUCGGUAGCGCAAGGUGCCUCACAUAUUUCAAGCACAUCAACGUGUGGAGAUGAUUUGGUGGAUUUAUUGUUUAUAAUCGAUAGUUCUACCUCUACGCAAGAAGAAUUCUAUAAUCAGAAAGCUUAUGCAAUGAAUUUGAUAAAAAUGUUACCAUCAAAAAUUUUUUCCAAUCGACUGAUGAUAGCGGUUGUAAGCCUUGAUGAUACCAGUGAAGUGAAAUUUGGCUUUGAAAACAAAUAUAUGCAAGAAGAUAUUCUUUAUGAUCUUGAACGUUUGCAACGUACUGAUGGUCACUCUUCUUUGGCGUCAGCUGUCAAUACGGCUAUGUCUGAACUGCUUUCUAGUAGACGACCAUCAAGCCGAGUACUUGUAAUCAUAUUCACCAAUGGUGAUGAUAGAGACACGUGGGAAAUAACUCAGCAUACAUCGGCAAAGUUAAAUGAAAUAAAUGGCGGAAUUUAUGCAUUGAGCUUAUCAGAAGUCCAGAACAUAACUCAAUUAACUGAAUACACCAAAAAUGAAUCUCAAGUUUACGUUGGAGACAGAGUGAAUACUUUUCUUGAGGUAACUUCAGCCAUUCUCUUUGCCUUUUCUCUCAAAUUGAAUCAUUUUACAGAUAUGAGAAACGUCAUUUUAAAUUGUGACGAAAAUGAGCACAAAGAAAAGGAAUCCUUGCAAGUUACAAAUGAAUCCUUGCAAGUGCCGCUUGUUCCAUCUUCUUCAAAAGUCAACGCUUUGUCAAAAUCAAAAAUAAUUCCAACAGAGGCAGCGCGAGAAAUGCUCCAAAAACAAGAAUCACAACAUUCCUCAAGCAGAGAUGCAAAUAAUUUGGUUGCUAUUGAAAAUUUGAAUAAUCAAUUAUCUCGAGACGAGAAACCUGUAGAUAUUACUGGGUCAUCACAUGAUUUAAUAAGUUGCACGCUGUCAAAGAUGGAUUUGGAAAUUAUUUUGGAUGCUUCUACUAGUCGUCAAGAAGUUUUUGAGCAUCAACGUGAAUUGGCUCUUUCGUUAAUUGAGCGUUUACCAAUUGCUGCCAAUGAAACACACGUUGCAAUUGGCAUAAAUUCAUUCACUUCAGUACCAACAUUACGUCAAACACUUGGUUUAGGUCGUGAUAAGCAGAUGGUACGUCACGCAAUUGAAGGGAUCAAAUACAAUGGUGGAAGUACUCUAACUGCUCAAGCAGUUGAAUUAUCAGUGCAAGAUUUGGAACGUGGAAAAAGACCAGAUGCUAUACAGGUUGUUGUACUGAUGAAUGAUGGUAUGUCACAAGAUCCGUGGGAAAAAGUAGUCAGUGCAAGUCAACUCUUGAAAUCUACUGGCGCUGAGUUAUUUGGCGUAGCUCUCGGAGAUAUGAUUGAUCUACGUGAAUUGAAACUUUAUAUUGGUUCUGAAAAUCGUAUUUACAGAGAUAAUUCUACUGAAAGAUUCUUGACAGAUAUCGUUUCACUUCUGACUAAUGGACAAAAAUGCGAUACAAAAUCUACAAUGAGUGGCAUCGACCAGUUAGUUUCUAGCACUGAUUUAAGAAAUAAUAUCUGUGAUACUUCUGAUUUGGAUAUUAUUAUUCUUUUCGAUAAUGCUGAUGAGACAGAUAAUUUGAGUGAUCCAUCCAUUUCAUCUAAUCGUUAUCUCUUGUUGGAUGUACUUGGCUCGCUUCCAGCACAAAAAGAUAGCCUGAAUAAAGUGAACUUCUUGAUAAUAACCUUUAGUGAUAAGCCGCGAUUAAUUGUUGGCAUCAACGAUCAGCAAGAUAGAGUUAGCAUAUUCAAAAAAGUAGAAUCUAUUGUCGCUGAAACUGGCAAGCCUUCAUAUGCACGCGCCAUAAGUUUUGCUACUGAAAAGUAUAACAAAGAACAACGAAGUAAUGCCCGUCGUAUGUUAAUUAUUGUUGGCGAUGGGAAAGCAGAUGACACGUUUGAAGAACGUACGGCUUCUCUUAAACAGUUGCAUUCAAUCAGUAAAUUGAAGACAUAUGCAGUUGAUAGUGGCAAAGUAGUGGAUAUGGAGAAAUUAUCCGAGUAUACGGGUUCUGUAGACAAUAUUUUCAGUUAUGAUCGGAAUGCGGAAUUUGCUAGGAUAAUUCUGGAUGCUGUGGAGAGAACUGAAUGUGCACCGGUAAUUCUAGCAAUUAAGCCUUCUCCUGCUGUUCAAAUGCAUGCCUUGCCAACUGCAAUGGUUAGGAGUACCAUUGCAAAUCGUACAAGUAAUGCUUCGAUACGUAGAAGAGAAUUACAGAAUCGGAAAAAAGAUAUUGCAAGCAAAGUGGAUUUAAACUUCAAUUCAGAACAACGUUUGAACGAAAAAGUUGUAGCCAGAAAACAGAAUACAGAAUCCACAACGAGUAGUGUUGCGACAACAAGAGCGAUAGCGAGAUCUGUGAAAAUAUUUCCAACAACGCGGAAACAUGCAGGAAUGAAGUCAUCUGUGAGAAAAUCUGUAAAUAAACCCAAUAUUGCAUCAAUCAAGCGAAAGCAAACAACAAAUAAGGAUCGCAAAACUGUGCUGAAAUUCGAAUCAAGCAAUUCUGAUGUGGCAUCAACCAGCUCAUCUGUAACUACUACCACUACUGAUGUUAUCACUACUGCUACUAUUACUUCACACAAUAUGAUCCAUUUUAAACCAGGUUGCAAGAUGGAUGCAAUGAUAAUCAUAGAUUCAUCGGGUUCUGUAGAAGAAACAUUUGGUCGUGAAAAAGAACUUGCUGAAGAGAUAAUUAAUCGACUUCAAGUUGGAUCAGAAUAUACUCGAGUAGCUAUAAUCAAAUUUGCUGCAAAAGAAAAAGUUCGAAAAAUUUGGUCCUUCAAUCAACCUCAAGAAAAGCAAAAAAUAUUACAAGUUCUUCGAGAAAUACCCUUCAGUAGUGGAACUACUGCGAUUCACAGUGCACUAAUUCAGGCUGCUGCAGAAUAUUCAAGUGAUAAAGGUGCAAGACCAGGACAAGCUGUACCAUUCGGUAUUAUAUUUACAGAUGGCUUUGGACAAAAAGAUACAGCUGAUGCAGCAAAUUUCUUAAGGACUUUAGUACCUAAUAUGUUUGCAGUAGCUGUCAGUAGUCAGAUUAUUCUAUUGUCAUUUUCUUUGCUAACUGUUUUGUGUUAUUUUCAGCAUGCAAUUAACAAAGCAGAACUGAUACAAAUUGCUGGUGCGAAAAAUCGGGUAUUAAUGGAUAAUAACAUGGAUGUAUUGUAUAAUAUGCUAGAAAAAAACACAAGAACAUGCUGA